UCAUGAGCUACCUUAGUAAGGGCAAAACAAACAGAAACAGAAAGUUGGCAUGUCACAGUUAAGGCAGUUUCUACAGCAUUUUCUGGAGACCAUCAACAGCAGAGUCAAGGCAUUUGUGGCUACACUAAAGGAAAUGCUCAAUUCUCUCGAGCAGUUUGAUCUGUUCACAUCGAUAAAAAACGGAGUGAAAACAACAACAAAAAAAAAAGAAUUAAAAAAAAAAGAAAAAGAAAAGAAAAAAAAAAAGAAAAAAAGAAAAAAAGGAGAGACCCCGGGAAGAUGUCUUUCAAGAGAAUCUAAAUUAAAUUGCACCAAGGCACUUUCUGGGUCAGGACAACAGGAAGCAAAUUGUUUGGAACCGUUCUGGAAGUGUGCGUGUGGCUGCAGCUGGGACACGGCAGCACAGGUACAGCGUUUGGGUGGGUCACGGGCUCCACAACCUCCCUUCCUCCUGUCACCCUGCCUCCAUCAACACUCAGUUCUGUUCGUUUUCUGCACAGUUAAAAACUGUGAGCACGUACUUAAAACUCACGGCUACCGUCAGGAACCGUGGGGGGUUAAACAAAGGCAAAAGCAGCGUGAGCAGGAGGAGGGUAGGCUGGUCCCAGGUAGUGAGGUGGAAACACAGAGAUCAGAACUCAAAUUCUGUUUGGAAUCAGCCAGAAGUUCCUCAGGGGGUGGAGGGGGCAGCUCUGGGGGCUGUUGGACACCUGCCAUUAACAGCCACAGAGUGCAGUGGCUUUGCAGUUUGGGCAGGCGAAGUUACAGGCUACUGAGACUUUGUGCCUCUGUCUAUGGUGCUAAUGCCAAAGCUAUAAACAGCAUUAGCAAACAUUUCAAUGUCACCCUUAUUCAGGAGAUCCACACACCACUGAAAAAGCCAGUUGCUUUCACUCUUUGGGCUACAAUGAAAAACCUACCCACGGGCUCAGCUGAAGCAGGUGUAGGAUGGGCUGUAGCAAGUUCCUGUUAGGGAACACUACUAAACCCAAGGGGAUAGAUACACAAGCCAGCCUCCACAUUCCACUGUGUAGUUACACUAAAUUGCAGGUAUAAUGCAAAAAUGCUGUGAAGGGAAACAAAGUAACUUCCAAGUUCUACUGGCAGAUUUGAGAAUAUGCCCAAACAACAAAACUGAAUAAUGUGCUGCAGUUGGUGACCUGCCCCCCCCUCCGCGAGGUACACAGUCUGCUCAGGCUUCCCCGAGGAGAGAGCUAAACAGAAACAUUAAGCUUCAGGAGAAAGAUGGGAGAAGAAACCAAAGUGAACAACACUAACAGAUUACCUAAAUAAUAAAAUGCACUCGGCGGUCGUUCUUCUUACCUGUUCUGACAUCAGGAUUUGGCGCAGUUCCUUCUGGAGAUCAAUAAACCGAUCGUGAUAGAUAGCCAUGGACCAAGGUUCCCUGAAGUAGCUGGGUAGAAAAGAAGAAAUUUAGUUAUCUUGUGAACCUCUCAUUAACCACUAAUAAAGUAUUUACCUGCUUUUU